AUGCAACCACCAGGUCAGCAUUCGCGUAUAAAUCUCGCUGAUUUGAAGGCUCAGAUAGUUACGAAACUUGGAUCGGAAAGAUCAAAACAGUAUUUCUAUUUCUUGAGUAGAUUCUUGAGUUCCAAGAUAAGCCGAGUUGAAUUCAAUAAGCUUUGUUUGCGUGUUCUCAGCAGAGAGAAUAUUCCACUUCAUAAUCAGUUCAUUCGUGCCAUUCUUAAAAACGCAUGUGCCUCAAAAAUCCCACCUCCGGUAUACAAACAUGAAAUUCCAAAGUCUUCCAAUGCUGUUCAAACUCGAGAGCUUCCAUCCGAUGGGAAUUGGAAACCCCCAACUCCGACAGCUCUUUCAAACGGGGACAUUCUAUCGAAUUCACAUCGCCAAAAUCCUUUUGGGCCAAACGGAAAGAUAAACAUAAGAAAUGGAUUAAAAAGCCAAUCAGCUUCGGCUUGGAGUUCACUACAUGCACCUCUAGGUGUUCCCUUAUGCCCUGGAAGUGUGGGUGGGGCCCGCAGGGCAGUUCCUUUGGUUAACUAUAGAAGUAACUUUGUUUCUUCAUCUGAUAUAGGCAUUUUGUUAGAUUCGGUUGCUCUUAAGGAGCGGUUGGAACGAAUUGCUGCAACACAGGGCCUUCAAGGAGUAUCGGCUGAUUCUGCGAAUAUUUUGAACAAUGGGCUUAACUGUUACUUAAAGAAUUUGAUGUCUUCUUGUAUUCACUUAUCGCGUGCAAGCUCGAAUACACAACAGACUCCAUCCAGAUACAUUAAUGGUCAUCAUUCAAAUAGGGUUGGGGAGGAGGAAGGAGUUCAUGGAGUAAAAUCGAAAGUUUCGAUUUCUCUGCAAGAUUUUAGGGUUGCAAUGGAGAUGAACCCACUUCAGCUUGGUGAAGAUUGGCCAAUAUUACUGGAGAAAAUUUGCACCCAUUCUUUUGAAGAAUGA